AUGGAGAGGCCUCAGUGCCGCACUAUUGUUCCCCUGGUUGCCAAGCUGGUGGGCAACAGCCCACGCUACCACAGGGCCGAGAGCACCGAGUACAGCAUCCUGGUGAUCGGCGUGCCCAACGUGGGCAAGUCGUCGCUCAUCAACUCCCUGCGGAGGCUGCACCUCAAAAAGGGGAAAGCCACCGCGGUUGGUGGUGAGCCAGGCAUCACCAAGGCAGUGCUGACCAGAAUCCAGGUGUGCGAGAAGCCCCUGAUGUACCUGGUGGACACACCUGGCGUGCUGCCCCCAAAGCUGGGGGAUGUGGAGACGGGCAUGAAGCUGGCGCUGUGUGGAGCCAUCCGUGACCACCUGGUGGGAGAGGAUAUCAUGGCUGACUACCUCCUGUAUGCCCUGAACAAGCAGCAGCAGUUCGGGUACGUGCGGCGCUAUGGGCUGGCCAAGGCCUGUGACGACAUCGAGCCCGUGCUGAGGCGCGUGGCCCUCGCCCAGGGCAGGACGCAGAAGGUGAAGGUGCUGACAGGCACAGGGAAUGUCAACAUGACGAUGCUCAACUACCCGGCCGCUGCCUACGAGUUCCUGCGGGAUUUUCGAGCGGGACGCCUGGGCAGAGUGACGCUGGACUGAGAGGCCUGUGCCAUGGGGGAGAGGCACCGCCUGCAGCCAUGCAGGCUGAGGACACCUCGGAAUGGAGCUUUGGUGUGCGAUUUGAAGCGGCUCUGCAAGGGCAGCCCCCGGUUUCAGACCACAGGCUGCUGCAAGGGGCCAGGGGGCCAGGAUUCCCACGGCGGGGGGUGAGGCUGUGCCAUGGUGACUGCCCCAUGGUGUCGCCUUGCAGGGCGAUGCUCUCCAUGGGGAGUGCGGUGCCCACCCAGGAGGGCCUGGACGAUGGCUGCUGCCUCCAGCCAGGAUAAAACCCCUGUGGAGCCGUUUCCUCGCUGCAGUCUUGACCCUCUCGGGGACCUCCAUCCCGAAAUAAAACCUCCGUGGGCAGGGU